AGUCCCAGUCUCUACUGGGCAUGUCUCCGCCUCUUUAACAGAAUCCUACUCCCGAACAACUGAAAUAAAGUUUAUUGACUGCAGAGAAUAGGCUAACAAAUAAAUAUCUCGUGGAACAAAAUGCCUGCAGUCUCUAAAGGAGAUGGAAUGCGUGGCCUCGCUGUGUUUAUAUCGGACAUUAGGAACUGUAAAAGUAAAGAAGCAGAGAUCAAGAGAAUUAACAAAGAGUUGGCCAACAUCCGCUCAAAAUUUAAAGGAGACAAAGCACUAGAUGGAUACAGUAAGAAGAAAUAUGUGUGCAAGCUGCUUUUCAUAUUCCUUCUUGGCCAUGACAUUGACUUUGGCCACAUGGAGGCAGUCAACCUGCUCAGUUCCAACAAGUACACAGAGAAACAAAUUGGUUACCUGUUCAUCUCAGUGUUGGUCAACUCAAACAGUGACCUCAUCAGCCUUAUCAACAAUGCUAUAAAGAAUGACCUGUCCAGCAGGAAUCCCACUUUCAUGAACCUGGCCUUGCACUGCAUUGCCAAUGUGGGCAGCAGGGAGAUGGCUGAGGCUUUUGCAGCUGAGGUGCCCCGCAUCCUGGUGGCUGGGGACACUAUGGACAGUGUGAAGCAGAGUGCUGCCCUGUGCCUACUGCGUCUCAACAGGACCUCUCCAGACCUAGUGCUCAUGGGGGAGUGGACCGCACGGGUGGUUCAUCUGCUUAAUGACCAGCACCUGGGUGUGGUGACCGCUGCCACCAGCCUGAUUACCACACUGGCACAGAAGAGCCCAGAGGACUUCAAAACAUCUGUCUCCUUGGCUGUAGCCAGACUCAGCAGGAUCGUCUCCUCGGCCUCCACUGACCUGCAGGACUACACCUACUAUUUUGUUGCAGCUCCCUGGCUUUCUGUCAAGCUCCUGCGUCUCCUACAGUGCUAUCCUCCGCCUGAGGAUGGUGCGAUCCGGGGCCGUCUGACAGAGUGUCUGGAAACCAUCCUGAACAAGGCCCAGGAGCCUCCCAAGUCGAAGAAGGUGCAGCACUCCAACGCUAAGAACGCUGUGCUGUUUGAGGCCAUCAGUCUAAUCAUCCACCAUGACAGCGAGCCCACUCUGCUGGUGCGGGCCUGUAACCAGCUGGGCCAGUUCCUCCAGCACCGGGAGACUAACCUGCGCUACCUGGCCCUGGAGAGCAUGUGCACCCUAGCCAGCUCCGAGUUCUCCCAUGAGGCCGUUAAGACACACAUCGAGACGGUCAUAAAUGCCCUCAAAUCAGAGAGAGAUGUCAGUGUGCGUCAGCGUGCUGUGGACCUGCUCUAUGCAAUGUGUGACCGCAGCAACGCCAAACAGAUUGUAGCAGAGAUGCUCAGCUACCUGGAGACGGCAGACUACUCCAUCAGAGAGGAGAUAGUGCUAAAGGUGGCCAUCCUGGCAGAGAAGUAUGCAGUUGACUACACCUGGUAUGUUGACACCAUCCUCAACCUGAUCCGCUUCGCUGGGGACUAUGUCAGUGACGAGGUCUGGUACCGCGUCAUCCAGAUCGUCAUCAACAGAGAUGAAGUGCAAGGUUAUGCUGCCAAGACAGUGUUCGAGGCACUCCAGGCCCCAGCCUGCCAUGAGAACCUGGUAAAGGUCGGAGGGUACAUUCUAGGGGAGUUCGGGAACUUGAUAGCAGGAGAUUCAAGGUCAAGUCCACUCAUCCAGUUUGACCUGCUCCACUCCAAGUUUCACCUGUGCUCGGUGCCCACCCGGGCUUUGCUGCUCUCAGCCUACAUCAAGUUCAUCAACCUGUUCCCUGAGGUGAAGGGCACCAUCCAGGAGGUGUUGCGCUCAGACAGCCAGCUCCGCAACGCAGACGUUGAGCUACAGCAGCGUGCUGUGGAGUACCUGCGCCUCAGCUCUAUCGCCAGCACUGACAUACUGGCCACGGUGUUGGAGGAGAUGCCUCCCUUCCCUGAGAGGGAGUCCUCUAUACUGGCCAAACUCAAGAGGAAGAAGGGACCAGGAAACCUGCAUCCCGAUUUGGAUGAGAACCGCAAAGAACGCAGUGCCAAUGGGGGUACUGCAGACCAUAGCAGCACUACCUCAAAUGCCAAGAGCUCUCCUCUCUCGUUUGUUGGGGAUCUUCUGGCCCCCGCCUCGACCGCACCCCCCACCAACCGGCCACGUCCGGUCUCUUCUUCCUACCUCCUGCAGGCCCCCCUCACCCCCAUUCCCCUCCAGGCCUCUGCUGUCCCUGUGCUGCUUUCUGCUGGGCCCCUCUUUCAGGUGGCCGCGUCCCCCACUCCCUCCACAGACCUGCUUGGCCUGGGCAGCACCAUCACCACUCAAAAUUCUGCCCCUCCUGCCUCCAAGGGGACAAGCCUGCUGGUGGAUGUCUUCUCUGAAAACAUAGCAGCCUUUCCUGUAGAGACACCAGUGGCAGUGGGGCCUGUUGCAGAUGAGAACUUCUCCAGUUUCCUGCCGAAUACUCCACAAGUAGCAUAUGCCAACGCUACUCUGCCCAUUGCAGAGGAACCUGAAGAUAAGUUUGUUUGCAAGAAUAAUGGUGUCCUAUACGAGAACCAGCUCCUCCAGAUUGGCCUGAAGUCUGAAUUCAGACAGAAUUUGGGUCGGAUGUAUGUGUUCUUUGGUAACAAGACAUCAACCCAGUUCAUGAAUUUCGCUGCCUCUGUCGUCUGCCAAGAUACUCUGCAGGCUCAACUGAAUGUCCAUGCCAAGCCUGCAGACCCCACUGUGGACGGGGGUGCACAACUCCAGCAGAUACUCAACAUUGAGUGUAUGUCUGACUUUGUGGAUGCACCUGUGCUCAACAUUCAGUUUAGGUACGGGGGAACUCUCCAGAACGUUGCUGUUAAACUGCCUAUUACGUUAAACAAGUUUUUCCAGCCUACAGAGAUGACAUCGCAGGACUUCUUUCAGCGCUGGAAACAACUUGGAGCCCCUCAGCAAGAGGUACAAAAGAUUUUCAAAGCAAAGCAUUCCAUGGAUACAGAGGUUACCAAAGCCAAGAUAAUGGGGUUUGGUGCUGCUUUGCUGGACGGGGUAGAUCCAAACCCCUCCAACUUUGUGGGCGCUGGUGUCAUCCAUACGAAGACCACCCAGGUUGGCUGCCUCUUGAGACUGGAGCCUAAUACUCAAGCACAGAUGUACCGCUUAACACUAAGGACAAGCAGAGAUACUGUGUCGCAGCGCCUGUGUGAUCUGCUCUCAGAACAAUUCUGAACUGCUUUCAGAUCAGGUCUUCUUAACUGAUAUACUACAGAGCUGUACAAGCUCCCCCUGCCACUUGUGAAGACACCACAUGGUUCAUUACAAACAGCUCACACUUAUCCUUCCCGUCUGUCUCAUUUAAAUUGGAAUUGAUACAGUGUACAGUGUAAAUUCUUUUUUAUAUUUGACUUAUUAUAAAUGUACAUCAAAUGACUUUCACUCACUACUAAUAUUUCACUGAGUUAAGUCUGCCUUAUGUCCAUGUGCGCACAGAAUAUUUACGGCUUUGCUUUUGUUGUGGAAAAAGCUUAGUCCUCUCCCUGUUCUUUUAAAGACAUAUUGACUGGAAGAAUUGGAGUUCAUGGGGACUGGCAAGAAAAUGCCUUAACUGUCUGACCCUCUUUCCAACUGAGCAAUGAUUGUGUCCAUAGAUGUUCCUAUUUUGUGUUUCAGAUCCAGGGUUACAGUUACACAAGCAUACAUGAAAAGAUGUCGUCUUAUUUAGUUCUAAGGAUGGCAGCUGUCUUCUCUGCUCUUGUCUUACCUGAAAACAAGCCCUGUCCCUGAACACGUCAUUGACCCUAUUGCAAACCCUAGCCAUUGUGUAUGAUUUGUGUAUGGGGAUAAGAUUUUAAAUUGCAGCGGUCAUUAUGUAGAUAUUAAGGGACUGUUAUGAGAAAUCAUCUUCUUGCUAGUAAUGUGUGUGUGUGCUUAUGUUCAAAAACAAACCACUAAGGAAUUAAGUGGUGGCAUUAUAUUCAAAUAUGCAUACAAUUGUGUGUCCAACCAAAGUUGUUCUCUGUCCCAAAUCAGGGGGUUAUUCGUAUCUAAUAUGUCUCUCGGACAUGUUUUGUAUCGAAUGAAAUAUAUAUUUUUUAAAGAUGGGCCAUUUAAUAGAGCACCGAAGAACUAUACGCGUACACAACGCCCAAUUUACAACAGAGUUUCUUGACGCCUGUGGCCUUUGCAGUCGUAUGGCUGUUGGCUGUCUAGUUUAACUUGUAGGUACAUACUGAAUCACUUCCUGUCCUCCCAGUGCCUUUAAGUUAUAUGGGUUAAAAACUAUAUAUGUAUCAACAGCCAAGGCUUCUCUGCUCCCAAUGAUAUUACAUGUGUUGCCAAUUAAAGUUGAUUGUGUCACUUUUA